UAGAGUCAACACCCGCUUAUAUUUAAGACGUUCGAACUAUCUUCUUAAUUCUUACAGAUUAUAAAAUGUUACAACCAUUUCUAGAAGUUUUGAACAAACAGAAUAUAAUAUUGGCUAGUGGUUCUCCUCGCAGGAAAGAAAUCAUGUCUGCUUUGGGCUUGAGAUUCACCAUAGUUCCAUCAAAAUUUGAUGAAAAUUUGGCAAAAGAUGCAUUUAGUGGACCUAGCGAGUAUGCAAAAGAAACAUCCCGGCAGAAAGCUGUGGAGGUGUAUAACCGUUUGUCAAAGACAGCUUUGCCAAAUCUUAUUGUAGCCAUGGACACAGUUGUUUUUUUAGAUGACAAAAUUAUUGAAAAACCAAAAGAUGAAGAAGAUGCCUUUCAAAUGAUUAAGAGUUUGAGUGGAAGGACACAUUCUGUUCACAGUGGCGUGACUCUUUUGAAACCAAUAAAUAACAAAAUAAAUGAAGAACCAUGUGAAAUUCGACAGUUUGAAGAAGUUACCAAAGUUACAUUUGGAAAACUCACGGAUCAAAUAAUUCGAACUUACGUUGCAACGAAAGAGCCCAUGGACAAGUCUGGUGGGUAUGGUAUACAAUCAACAGGACUUGGUGGAUCAUUUGUGAAGAGCAUAGAUGGUGAUUAUUUCAAUGUCAUCGGAUUUCCACUUCACAGAUUUUGCGUUGAAAUAAGAUCGAUGUUUGGUAAUUUAAAGGCUAUAUAAAUUAUUUAUAAGUUUUUAAUAGCGUUUAAUCCUUUUUACGUAUUAUCAUUAAAAGUUCGGGUCUUUUACCGACUAUGAAUAAAUAGGAAAAAUUCAAAUACAAAUGCGUCUAUUCAUUAGGGGAUUUAUGACGAGUUUUUUUAGUUUUUAAUUGACGCAUUUACCACUUAAGCAUUUUUAAUAAGGCUAUAACUGUUCGCUAGCCAAUCAUGAGUUUUAAUAUGUAUGUAUAGCUACCUUCAUGCCAGGCUCUGGUUCACAAGUAUAACAUAAAGAUGAUAUAAUAUGAAGCAUACUCCGAAUAAAAGCCAUGUUUAAUUCAA